CUUCACUCUUUCAUUCGCCAAUUUCGCCUGCCUCUGAACAACUCCCGGUGAAAGUACGUCUGGACACUUUCAACUCGGAUAUGUGAGGAGAAAAGUGUUGAAAAAAGUAUAUAGUUUGAGCUGUGUGCAUUCCUUAUCGGUGGACUGACAAAUAUACGAUUAAAACCAACAGUGAACGAAGCGGAGGAAAACACCCAAAAGUGGAAGAGUUUGAAAGUCAGUUUAACGCCAAACUUCCCUUGGCGUCCUAUUACGGGGAUUUAAGAAAACUAUGCAGGCAGACUGGAUUAUGGAUUAUGAAGAACGCACACAAUUGUACAGAUUGCCCUGAAUAACUGCGAGAAUACACCCACUUUCAUGCACCUUUGCUAAAUCCAUCUCAUCUCCUCUCAUCUCAUCUGCUCGCACCCUUGUGUUUCGCACUAACGUACUGCUAAAAGAUGUUGUCUAGGCUGAGCGAGUGGUUCUGGAACGAGAGGCUGUGGUUUCCACAAGGACUGGGUUGGGCUGACCUGGAGGAUCGUGACGGUCUCACCUACUCCAAGGCAUCCGACCUCUGGGUGACCCUGCCCAUUGCCCUCGCCUUCCUCAUUAUACGACAGAUCUUUGAGAGGACAGUGGCCAUUCAACUGGCCGCAGCUUUGGGCGUAAAGGAGAAAGUCAGAGUGCAAGCGGCGCACAACCUCACGCUGGAGUCGUACUUCAGAAUCACAAGUAAAAAUCCCAAACAGAGCGAAAUCGAGAGUUUAGGUAAAAAGACCGGGUACUCAGAAAGUCAGAUCCACAGAUGGUUCAGGCGACGAAGGAAUGAAGAGCGACCCAACAAGCUGAAGAAGUUCAGAGAGGCCAGUUGGAGAUUUACCUUUUACCUUCUUGCUUUCAUUGCUGGCCUUGCUGCACUUAUUGAUAAACCUUGGCUCUACAAAAUGAAGGAGAUGUGGGCAGGGUUUCCAAUGCUGCCGCUGCUGCCUUCUCAGUACUGGUACUACAUGAUUGAACUAGGCUUUUACGUGUCCCUCCUCUUCAGCGUCGCAUCAGACGUCAAGCGAAAAGACUUUAAAGAACAAAUAGUGCACCAUGUUGCCACCAUCCUGCUGAUUAGUUUCUCCUGGUGUGUGAACUACAUCAGAGCAGGAACCCUCAUUAUGCUGGUGCACGACGCCUCCGACUAUCUGCUGGAGUCUGCCAAAAUGUUUAACUACGCCGGCUGGAGAAAAGCGUGCAACUACAUAUUCAUCGUAUUUGCUGUCAUCUUCAUCAUCACCAGACUCGUCAUCUUCCCAUUUUGGAUUUUGCAUUGUACUUGGGUGUAUCCGGUGACCGUUUAUCCUCCGUUCUUUGGAUAUUACUUCUUUAAUGGGCUGCUGUUUGUGCUGCAGUGUCUGCACAUAUUCUGGGCCGUGCUCAUUCUGCGUAUGGCCAUCAAAUUCUUGCCAGGCAAUAAUAUUGUGGAGGACGAGAGGAGUGACCGAGAAGAAACAGACACGGAGGACGAUGAGGAAGAACAGGAGGACAGGAAAGCGCCAAUGAAAAAUGGACCAGUGCAGAACGGCCACUCUCCUCUAAACAACAACCAUCACAGCAAGACUGAGUGAUACUAGCAGAGACGAGAGAAGGAGGUACAACACUCCCCUUCCUGUACACACGGACGAGACCAACAAACUAACGCCAGGGGUGUUUGAUGGAUUGAAAAGGCCCAGAGCAAACACACACUCACAAUACAUGUAGAUAUAUAUAUAUAUAUGAUACUAAUUUUUGGAAAUGGACAUACUUUGAAAAGGAGGAAAGAUGUAACUUCUUUCCCCUUGCAAACUAUUUAAAACACUAUUAAUAGGCACCGUAUCAUUAAAUAACCCUUUUGUUUGUUCAGGGUCUUGUCUAAUGUUAGUGAAUCCAAUGUUCACUUGCUUUACUGGAAAUAUUUCCUCUAGUUUAUUAGGUGUUUAGUGCCUUAUUAGUACAAAGUUGUACUGACGUUCAUAGUUUUCAUUUCCUUUUUGUCUUUUGGGCAUCACACACACACUGUUAUCCUCCCUUUACUUGUCAGUAAUACGUUUUUGCAUGUUUUGUCUGGUCAACUGUCAAAUUUCCAAGAAUCCCUCAGUAUUUGAGUUCUGAAGUUGCCGGAAACUGACUGGAAGUUUUUGUUUUGUCACCCAUUUGUUCACUAUAUAAUAACAACCUCACCAAGUGAUCUUCACACACCUGCUUUACUUAGAAAACUUGAUCUUUCCCCAAUCCAGUUGCACUAAUAAACAUUACUGACCCCGUCUUGCAACACUACCACUUUACAAAGGCUCUAAAGACUUGUAUUGCCAUGAGAUCCCGUCCCAAAGGAGCUAAAUCAGUGUGCUGCUUUUUGCAUUUAACAUUUGUCUGUUGAGUUUGUAACGAAGCAACAAAUGUGUGUGUGAAAGAAUCUCAUAUCUAAUAUUUGUGUUGGUCGGCAUGUGUCCUGUAACGCAUUUCUGUUAAAAAUGCAUUCUUAAAUAUAUUCGUUACAGUUAUUUUAAAGUGUUUUUUUUCCUGGUUUUUCAUUUAAGAUUAUUUUUAUUUAAGGUCCAGAUAUUUUCAGCAAACCUGAUAAGCUGAUAAUUUAUGCAGUAUGUGGAAAAUGACUUUGUAAAAAGCAAAAACAAAGUACUUGGCAGGAGAACCUGUAGUUAGUGUUUUUCUCUUCCGUUUAUAUGAUGAAUAAUUACAAUAACAGUCAGUAUUGAGUGCUGGAUGCACUUUGUAACUCUCCGUCUAAUGUAAAAUGCAUUAUAAUGAUUGUGUUGUUAGCAAACUGUUUGACAUAAUUGAAACUCUGGCUUGCAUUUGUGGCAUUUAUAGGAAAUGGAUUCCAUAGUUUAAAAAAAAAAAAGUUAUGGAAAUGAUCCAAUAUGUCCUCCAGUAUGUACUGUUUGCCCAGUGUCUGCUGCUUUACAUGAGAUCAUGUUAAACCUUGAAGGCACAGUUCACCCUAAAAUGAACAUUGUCAUUAUUUACUCACCAUCAUUUUGCUCCAAAACCUGACUUUUCUUCUGUGGACAACAAAAGAAACUUGGGGUGCAAACAACACAGGACGUCAUUGACUUUAAUUGUAUGGACAAAAUAGUUCAUCUAUGUUUGCAGAAGAAAGUUUUUGAAUGACAUGAGGGUGAAUAAAUGAUGUUCAUUUUUGGGUGAACUAUCCUUUUAAGUGUCAUAUUCAAUUCCACAUGAUCUCUUGUUACAAUUUAAGCAACAGGUUAACAAAUUGUGGUCCAGUAUUGCUUUUGUUAAUAUAUGAAAGUCUGUGUCAAUACAGGUGCUCAGCAUUUAAUGCAUUUUUGCUAGUGGAAUGUGACAUCUAGAUUGGCUAUACAAAGUUAUUUUAAGUUUCCAAAAGUUGCCACAAGUGCCUUAUUUGUAAAUGUAUAUCGGUGUCAUUUCCAUGUGUGCUUGUUGUCCUUGUGUUCCUGACCUCAUCGCCUUUAGAUUUUAAGCUGAAGCAUCCUCCUCUCUCUCACUCCUUCUCUGUUUACAUCCAUUCAACUUCAUCUCUCCUCACGGCCCGGUGCCAAGACCAAUCCUUCCCCUUCACCGCGUCCUGUCGACUGUGGGUCCACCGCAUAAACAAGCAAUUUGAUCAGUGUCCCCAACGGCCAGUGUUUUAUGUUGUAUUUUGUAUCAUCAUUAUUCAAUGAUGAAAGAUAAAGAUUCUUGUGGAUG